ACAAUUUGACCUAGCACAAGGUAACAUGGCGCUGUUUUGAAGGUUAAACAUGUUGGAAAUCGAACAGGAAAAAUUAGGUUAUCGAUCUGGCUGAGUCGCGGACUAGGUCGCUCUCUUUAAUACGUUCGCGGCACUGUCUCGUUAUUCGCACAGCAGACUAUCAGCCGGUCGCCUCCAGGAUAAAACAGCCACUCUUUUGAUUUGCUCAGCGGUUUUGUGCGGAAAACCGGAGCUCUUUGAAUCUCACUCUCUCUCGUGUUUAUGCUCUCUGAGGUGUGUUUAGAGGGUCUGGGGCGUCUCCUAUUUAUAGGAGCAGAAAACCCAGAAUAUUCCCUCUUUCUUUGGGAAUAAGUCAUAUUUUAAUUAGGGAGUUAAUUACUCCUAUAAUUACAAUAUAAUAUAUUAAGAUAAUUAUUCCUAAUUAUCUCCAUAAUAUUCCUUUUAUUAAUUAGGUUAAAUACACUUGUAUAUCCAAAAGUAUCACGUUUGUGCCAAUAAUAUCCAAAAAAACCGGAAAUACCACUUAUAUCCAACUCUGUCACAUUCUUUGACGGUGUUAACUUUAAUUCUGACUGGACAAACGGUGGUGCUUACGUGGCGAACGCUUAUUUCCCAAUUCCUCUUUACUUAUCCACGUGUAUAGCUACUUAAUAUUAUUUAAAAAAUUAAACAAAAAAAAUUUCAAUUGACUCCAUCUGACCUCAUCCUCGACUCGACCUAACUUUCUACCCUUCUGAAUUUUUCCAUCGACCAACCCCUAACCCUUCGACUGUGGAGGGCGACAAAGGCGACGAAGGAGAGGGAUUUUGACGAAGGCAACGGAGGAAGACGACGGCGACGGAGGAAGACGAAUGCGACGGAGAAGGAAGAAGGCAGCGACCCCCCUAAUCCGUUGUAUCCCCUUAUUUUCCUUCAUCCUUCGUCGAUCAACCUUCUCGCCCACCUUCGAAGAAUUCGAAGAAACCCUAAUCGCACCGAAAAAGGGGGAUUUCUGAGCAACCUCGAGUUGAGCCACAAGUGAGUCUCCCUUUUGAAUUGGUAGUUGUGGGUGUUGAUUGUGGUUAGAAAGUUCUUAUAGUAGUGUUUUUCUCUUGCUUUUUUGGUUGGUAUCGAGGAGUAAAGACAGAAGAACAAGGGGACCACUCGACUGGAUUCCACACCGAUUUUGCCCCUGAAUCUGACGGUGAGUAGCUGAAUCUUCUGGAUAGAAUUGUCAUUACCUUUGGUUGCAAAAACCCUAGAAUUGAAUAAUGUCAAUCGUUGCUUUUUUCGAGUUGUUUUUUAGUUAAUGAUUAAAGAAUUGUUAAUUGGGAUAAUGGUGAUUAAAAAACUGAUUAAGGCUGUUACAGAUGGCUGAUUCAUUGGAUGAGGCUUUUGGAGAGAAUGAUCCAGAUGCUCUUCAGGAUAGUCCAGUUGCUUCCUUGGCCGCACAUGAUGGUGUCGAGGCAUCUGUUGCUCGAGAAAUAUACCAUGUUUACGAUUCAGAAGAUGCAGACACUUCUGAUGACGAGUACCAUGAAGAAAUGGCAAAUCUUAGAGCCUAUGGGGAGAGUAGGAGAAGGAAGGUGAAGGCACGUAUUGAUGGCCAUGGAGAGGAGGUCGAACAACUUGAUGUUGGAGGAGGAUGAAUCCUCUGAUGAUGACUCUGAGGAGGAGGAUGGAUUGGCUGGGGAUAAUGGUCAGAAUGGGGAUAAUGGUGUGAAUGAAGGUAAUGGUGUGAAUGAACCGGCCGAGGUACCUCCAAUGCAAGAAGCUAGGCCAGCAGACUCGAACCAUUCGAGUUAUAGGCUCUCUGAGGAUUCCAACCAUGUAAGAGCCAAUCUUUCUGAUUCGGAAGGUGGGGACAUCUUCGACGAUGCACCGCAAUGCGAUCCACAUUGUAACCACAAGGUUCUCCAGUUCGUGCCGCGGAUGAAGUUUGUAAGUCCUAAGGAAUUUAAGGCAGCUGUGGUUCACCACUCUGUAGCACAUGGGGCCGGUUUGAGAUGGAUUAGGGUUGAGAAAUCAAGAAGAGAGGUCAAAUGCAAGGACAAGAACUGCAAAUGGAGGGUAUAUGCUAGCUGGUUCAGGCGGAAUCAGAGCUUCAUGGUGAGGAAAACCGGGCUGCCACAUUCUUGUGCAAGACAACUGCGGGUUAACCAAGUCACUGCCCACUGGAUUGCACAGGAUAUGCUCGAGAGAUUCAGAAUUAAUCCCGAGUGGGCGCCAACUCAAAUCAUGGCAGAGGUAAAAUUGAAACAAAAUAUAGAGGUGGCUAGAAGAACCUGCUAUAGAGCCAAAAUAAGUGCUAUCAAAAUGUUGAGUGGUUCACUUGUGGAAGAUUAUCACAUGGUGAGGUCUUACUUGGGAGAGUUGAAAAAGAGAGAUCCUAGAGGGAACUUCAUUCUUGGAGUUGAGCCGCACCCUUCAGAAGACAAGGUGUACUUCCAAAGAUUUUACAUAGGAUUCUCUGCAUUAAGGGAUGGGUUUCUUGAAGCGUGUCGUCCGAUGUUCGGAUUGGACGGAUGUUUUCUGAAGGGAGAAAUUAAAGGCAUGCUUCUGACGGCAGUUGGUAAGGAUAGCAACAACCAAAUGUACCCAAUUGCUUGGGCAGUUGUCGAGGGAGAAAACACAAACUCAUGGAUGUGGUUUGUGAACACAUUAGCUCAAGAUUUGGAGCUUCGGGAUGGUAGGGGGUGGUCUGUCAUAUCGGACCAGUAAAAGGUAGGACCCAAUUGCCUUUUAAAUUCCAUUAAAUUCAAUUAAAUUCCACAUGCAUUAUUUCUAACACUAUUGUUUACUUUGCAGGGGUUAGUGGAGGCAUUACAUGACUUGUUACCCAAGGCCGAGCAUCGUAAGUGCGCAAGGCGCGUGUAAGCUAACUGGAAAGUCAAGAACAAGACAGAUAGGGUGAGAAAGAUUUUUUGGAAAGCAGUAUACUCUUGCAAUGAGGUUGAUUGGAAGAAUGCCACAACUGAAAUGGAAGGUAUUGAAGGUGAGGAACAUGGUACAACCCCCUUCACUAAUUUCAUGAAUACAGAACCUAGGUCCUUUUGCCGUGCAUUCCUGUCUACCUUACCAAAGUGUGACUCGGUUGAAUCUAAUAUUUGUGAAACUUGGAAUGGGGUGAUUGUCAAGUAUAGGGGAAUGCGAAUCAUUGACAUGUUAGAGGGAAUUAGAGGGUAUGUUAUGGAUAGGGUUGUUGUGAAGUAUGAGAUGAUGUUGAAUUGUACCGAUAUGUUAUGCCCUAGAAUUAGAAAAAGGAUAGAGAAGGAAAAGGAGGUGGCAAGGUUAUGCACUGCAAGACAAACUUUGCAUGAUAAGUGUGAGGUCAAGAUAGGUGUUGCAGGUUACAUAGUCGACCUAACUACUAGAUCUUGCACGUGUGGUUAUUGGUCGUUGAGUGGCAUUCCUUGCUGCCAUGCCGUCUCUGCGAUCUCCCACUUGAGAAAGGACUUGGACAGCUACGUGCAUUCCAAUUACUAUGUGCACAACGCCGAGCACGCCUACAAAAACGGUCUCCCAUGUCUUGAAGGGAGACAAGCUUGGCCUGCUGCUGAGGGCAUUCCAGUGUUCCCACCCAAACAACGAAGUAUGCCUGGAAGGCCCAAAAAAAAACAGAAGAAAGGCAGCCCAUGAGCUAGAGGUUCGACCGCAAUGGAAUCGUGAAGGAGAGGAAGUUGCAAGACGUGGUUCAAUCAUGCAUUGCUCCAAAUGUGGCUCAGAAGACCACAAUGCAAGAUGUUGUACUGUUCCUACUGUCGCGAUAGGCAUGGUAAGAUUAUCACAUGACAUGGUUUCAGCUCAAUGGCGCUCAAGGACGGCCAGUUCGAGGCUCUCAACCCACUGAGAUUGAGAUGCAUGGUAGCCAGCCCCCCAACACUCAACCUUAGACGGAUAAAGGCGUUAUUUUUUG